AUGAAGGGGCGUUCGUUCGGAGCGCGGAGGGCUCUUCUUCCCUUGCUCGCGCUCUGCGGCGUCUGUUGGCAGUUCUUGUGUCUCUUCUGCGGGCUGGGCACCCGCGGGCUCGUGCUGCCGUCUGCGUCGUCCGGCCUCUUGUCUCCUUCCUUCGCGCCGCCUGCGGGGCUGCCAGCGUCUGCAUUUGACAGCUCCUCCGCUCCUGGGCGCGCCUUCCCCCCCCUUCGCGACGCGGCCUCCUCAGGCUCGUGCGCAGCGACGCUACGGUCAGUCCGACAGCGGCGCGCGCUCGCCCUGCCUGCGGCCGUUCUGCCGACCUCCGGCGACGACGCGAACCGACAGGCAGGAUGGCGACGCUCCACGACCCCCGCCGCCUCAACUCAGUCUAGCCCGCCAGCUCCUACGGAGCCUGCCUCGUCGCGCCUGGCGCCCGCGGCGUCGCCGGAGAGCUCUGCGGCGGCCUCGGUGCUGACGCGUCUGCGCGGUGGGCGCUCCUUCUUCUCGCCCGCGCCGUCCGGGCCCCCGCCGCCGGCGCUGCCGCCAUCUCCAAAUCUUUUCGUGGUGAAGGCGACGCAUGUGCGUGAUCCGUCUGUCGUGUUUCUCGCGCCGCAGGACAUGGCGAGCCUCCAACUGCAGCGCGGAGACGUGGUGCUGCUCGCCGGGCGGCGGAAGCGGGAGACACUGGGCGUCGUGCUACCUGACAAGACGCUGGAGAGCAAACAGCUGCUGCUCCACGCUCAGGCCGCGAAGAACCUGAAACUGCAUCCGCAGGACGUCGUCAAGGUCACUCCCAGGCGCAUGCUACCCCAUGCGCGGCGCGUGUACGUCUUGCCCUUCGCGGACUCGCUGCAGGGCCUCGGCGACCGCGACGCGGCGCCCGGCGGCGACGAGGGGAACGCGGACGCCGCUGGUGAGCGCCGCCGCCGCACGCCGCGCGAGAAGGCGGAGCGCGAAGCCGACGCUGGCGACCUGCCUUCAGUCGAGAGCGUCGUGGGAAACUUCUUCCGCCACACGGCGAGGCCCGCGAAGGUCGGCGACCAAUUCCUUCUCGAGUUCCGCAAAGGGGACGCACCGCGAGCUGCCGCGGAGUCGGGAAACACCCCAGCGGGCAAGCUUGAAGUGAAAGUCAUGCAGAUUGACACCGACGGGAAAGAAGACCAAGAGAUGGGCAUCAUCGACGACAACACGGAAAUCAUAUGCGAGGGCGAACCUCUUGAUCGAGGGCAGUUCGACUCGUCCUCGAUGAUCACCUACGACGACGUGGGCGGCCUCAAGAAGGAGCUGACUCUCAUUCGCGAACUUGUCGAGCUGCCUCUGCGCUUUCCAGAGAUUUUCAAGCAGGUGGGCGUGCAGACUCCGCGGGGCGUCCUCCUGCACGGCUCGAGUGGCUGCGGGAAGACACUGCUGGCGAAGGCAAUCGCCAACGAGUGCGGCGCGAACUUCCUCACGGUCAACGGCCCAGAAAUCAUGUCGAAGCUCGCGGGCGAGAGCGAGGCGAAUCUCCGGCGGAUCUUCGAGGAAGCCGCCGCGCUGUCCCCGUGUCUCCUCUUCAUCGACGAGAUCGACUCGAUCGCCAGCAACAGAGAGAAAACGCAGGGCGAAGUGGAGAAGCGCAUUGUGGCGCAGCUCCUGACUUUGAUGGACGGCGUGAGCAGCGACAAAAACAUUGUCGUGCUCGCAGCAACGAACCGGCCCAACCAGCUCGACCCCGCUCUUCGACGUUUCGGCCGCUUUGACCGCGAGAUCGAAAUCCCGAUUCCCGACGAGCAGGGCCGGAAGGAGAUCCUGCAGAAGGCGGCCGCCAACAUGAACCUGAACGAAGACGUGGACCUCGAGAAGAUCGCCAAAGACGCGCACGGCUUUGUCGGCGCAGACCUUGCGCAGCUGUGCCUGGAGGCUGCCAUGCAGUGCGUGCGCGAAAACUGCCAAUUCGUCGACUUCGACAAAGAUGAGAUCGAUCCAGAGACACUCGCGCGGUUUCAAGUCCGGAUGCCUCACUUUGUGCACGCGUUGUCGGUGGUCAACCCGAGUGCGCUCCGCGAGAGACACGUCGAGGUCCCCGACGUGCGCUGGGAGGACAUCGGCGGGCUGGAGGAAGUCAAGCAGGAACUCGUCGAAACAGUACAAUAUCCCGUUGAACAUGGUGAAAAGUUUCACAAGUUCGGUUUAGCCCCUAGCAAAGGCGUCCUCUUCUAUGGACCGCCCGGCUGCGGCAAGACGCUGCUGGCGAAGGCCGUCGCGAACGAGUGCAAGGCGAACUUCAUCAGCGUCAAGGGCCCCGAGCUGCUUACAAUGUGGUUCGGAGAGUCAGAGGCCAACGUUCGAGACCUCUUCGACAAAGCACGUGCGGCGGCGCCAUGCGUGAUUUUUUUCGACGAAAUGGACUCCGUCGCGAAGGCGCGAGGCUCCGGCACAGGAGGCGGAGGCGAAGCUGCAGACCGCGUGAUCAACCAAAUUUUGACCGAGAUCGACGGCAUUGGCAAGAGAAAACCCAUUUUCGUGAUUGGCGCCACAAACAGGCCGGAUAUCCUCGACCCCGCCGUCACCCGCCCUGGGCGCUUGGAUCAGCUGCUCUACAUUCCGCUUCCUGAUUUCCCGAGCCGUGUCAACAUUUUCAAGGCAGCGCUGCGCAAAUCGCCUUUGGCCCCCGACGUUGACAUCGAGGGCAUGGCGAAGCGUCUCGAAGGCUUUUCAGGUGCCGAUAUUACGGAGAUCUGUCAGCGCGCAGCGAAGAACGCCGUGAGAGAAGCGAUCCAGGCUGAGCUCGCUCGUGGUCGCCCGCUGGAGAAGGGGGAAAAGGACCCCGUCCCGUUCAUUGCGAAAAAGCAUUUCGACGAAGCCUUCAAAUAUGCCAGGCGCUCCGUGCCGGAAGACACGGUCAAGGUCUAUGCGCAGUUCAACAACAUGAUGAAGAAAAGGCGUGCGCCAAACGAGAAAGACAAAGAAGGAGACACCUCGAGCUGA